UUUGUAUUCUUACCUUGUCACUGAUUUAGAAUUAGCUAAAUCAGAUUUGCCAUCGUAAGAAUUUUUCGUAUCAGAUAUAAGUCAUGACUAUUGCAGUUAUAUAAUACAGUUUUAGGGCUUGGAGGUGUUAGUAGGUUUGAAUUUACAAAAACAUUCAGCGUGAACAGGACGUAGUCAACAGUCUGGGAACAAGGUAAAGAGGAAAUAACAUGGCGGCUGUUCAAAGGACAUUACUGAAAAGUGCACCAACUGACAAAUGGUCAGUCAGAGAAAGACUAUGUCUUGGAUCGUCUGUCUUGAGAAGUGGAGAUCAAAACUGGGUGUCAGUUAGCAGAGCCAUCAAACCAUUUGGUGAGCCAAAUAGACCUGCUGAUUGGUUUUCACAAAAGAAUUGUGCCUCUCAAUAUUCUGAAAUGCUGGAAACAGUUGAAACACCAAAGCGUAAGCGCAGCAGUGACCGCGGUGAAGUAGAAACACCAGGAGACCUAAUUGUAAGAAAAUUAACAGCUGAAAGAAUCGAAGAAUUAAAGCAACAAAUUGAGGAAGAUCAGAGGGAAUACAGAAAAACGAAAGCACAGAUUGAAAAAAUUAGAAGAGGGGAAUCGGAUCAUUCAUUAAAACAGAUUUGGGAGGAAGUACAAGCGCAAAAGAAAGCUUCAGAGGAAGCCGUAGAAGCGAUGAGACUUGCCAGUGAAGCUAAAGCAGCUGCUAAUGCAGCUAAACCACCAGGUAGACCCGUAGCACAACCGCCAAAUAAAUCCAGAAAGAGAGUACAGAACUUACGAGGACGACAACAGUCAUCUUCACAAGGAUCAGGAACAGAUGAACGAGGAGAAAGUGAUAGUGGCACUGACACACCAACUGAGGUGUUAACUCCAGAAGCUGUUGUAUCUUCAGAGAUGCCACAAAACAAAGAGGUAACGUGUAGCCACAACAACCCCUUCACUAAAACUGCACCACCUUCACCUCUGUUGUCUUCGCUACUUAAGGAUAGGCAUCAGAGUCUUGUCUUGCAACAAGGACUAACUUCCCUUAAGGAGCCUAUUGAGAGUACUUUACCCAAACAUCAACUAGAAAUGCCAAGUGCCGAUGUUAGUAGUGCCCAAACUCCAAGUCCAUUGACACCAAGUCCUGUCGUACCAACAUCACCAUGUUCAGGUGCUCCUACAUUAUCUAAAUUGCUGAAUUCACCAAAAACUAUCUCAUCCUUGUCAAUACCAAAUACAAAUACAGUACAUGUGGUUGGUGGAGACUCUGUGAAGCCAUCAAUUAUCGAACCCACUAGUAAAGAAACCAGGAGGAGCAUUGAACUUGUCAGUAUACCAAGUAUAGAAAUCCAGGAUGAGGCUUCAGUGGACAGUGUGAAAGAGGAAAUCCCUUCUAAUCCCCUAUCUGAUGAAAAGCCUUCUGAAUCUACAGAAUUGCUUGUUAAUGCUGAUAGCAGUAGGUCAGUAGAUAAAUCAGCAAGUGAGACUAGCAAGGAGGCUGCUGUGACCAGUAUUAGUGCAGCUAGUGAUACUAACAAGGAGUCUGGUAUGACAAGGAUUGGUGCAGCCGUUGAGACCAGCGUUGGUGCAGCCGUUGAAACAAGUACAACCAGUGUUGGUGCAGCUGUUGAGACCAGUACGACCAGUGCAACCAUGGAAACAACUGGCAAGACAUUAGAAGUUGAUCUGGACAAAAUGCUUGCAGAAAAUAAGAAACGAGACAACAUAGCAGUGUGUGAGCCGGAUAAGUGUACAGAGAAGAUGAUAGACACUCAGACCCCUGUGAAAGAAGCUGAGCCUGUUGAGAACAAAUCCAGUGUUAGUCUUAAUGUAGAUGAUGAGGUUUCUUUUAAAGAGGGUCCUUCAUCACCAAGUAGCAGUACAUCAUCAGCUCGACCUGAAGACAAUCGAUCUGCCAGGAGACGCGGAGGUGCUAAGGCUAGAACAGCUGGAAGUAGGCAGAGUGCUAGGGUUAGAAAUAGAGAAAAGCAGGAAGAUGAAAAUGAGAAUGAGAGCGCUGAGAAGCCAGUUAAGAAAGAUGAGACAAGUGAAGGAGGUAGUAUCGAUGGAAGGAAAGAGGAGGAUAGAAGCGAAGCCGAUGAGUCAGAGUGUAAUGAGGUGGGAGGAGCUGGUGGUGAUAGCGGAGAUGAGGGGAGUUCCACUGCUGCAUCCACUAAACCACCACAACAGUUCUCAUUCUACAGUGAUUCAGUGCCCAGCAGUCCAGCAUCUUUUUCACAAGGUGACGAUCCUGAAGCGAUUCAAGCACAAAAAGCCUGGAAGAAGUCCAUAAUGAUGGUAUGGAGGGCAACAGCAUCUCAUAAAUAUGCAAAUGUUUUCUUGCAUCCAGUCACAGAUGAACUAGCACCCGGUUACCACAGCAUUGUGUACAGACCCAUGGAUUUGUCAACCAUUAAAAAAAACAUAGAAACUGGAGGUAUCCGCACAACUAGUGAAUUCCAACGAGACAUUAUGUUAAUGUUUCAAAAUGCUAUAAUGUAUAAUAAUUCAGAUCAUGAUGUCUAUCAUAUGGGUAUUGAGAUGCACAGAGAUGUCAUGGAACACAUACAGGUACUCACUUACAUACUUCUUGUUCUCUGUCAAAUUUGUCUAGCAGGUUGUUAG